AUGUGUGACCACAAGGCGGUGAUCAAAAAUGCCAGUUUGUCAGGGGAGAUGCAACAGGACUCCGUGGAAGGUGCUACUCAGGUGUUAGAGAGAUAUAACAUAGAGAAGGAUAUUGCGGUGCAUAUUAGAGAAGUUUGAUAAGAAGUACAACCCCCCUGGCACUGAAUCGUAGAGAAGAACUUUGGUAGUUAUAUGACACAUAAAACCAAACACUUCAUCUAUUUCUACCUGGGCCAACUGGUGAUUCUCCUGUUCAAAUCUACUUAA